CUCUUACGCAGCGAUCCCUCUUCCUAUCUGGACGUCCACGACUCCAUCUCAUCACCUGCCGCUCCCUCCGAUAGCUCGUUGACUCGAGUCAUCCAUACGCAGUUAAUACCGGCAAAUGAGAACCACACUCUCUUGAACCUUUCCUUGUCUUUUCCGUCGACGGACACCACCUGUGCAUAUCACCGACGACUUUGCUUUUUAGUUUCACCCAAACGGCCUCGCUGUUACCUUACGACAUCUCUCCUCGGCAACUUUUUCGUCUCUUUUCCGACUCCGCUACAAACCAUAUUAUCGCUAUCUUCGACAUUUCACAGUCACCUAAAAGUCUGA